GGGCGGGACAACUACGUUCGGUACGAGGAAAUAGCUGUGAGAAAUAACAAAAGCACCUUCCAGUCAGCAGCGUCGCUGCUAAAAGGGGCCUUUGUGGGUGAAAAUGAGCAAAAUGCUGUUGCUCCUCGUACUUUUGAGUUUACUGAGUCCCGCAGCUGAAGCGCUGGACAACGGACUGGCUCUGAAACCCACCAUGGGCUGGUUGCACUGGGAGAGGUUCAUGUGUAACACUGACUGUGACACAGACCCCGACAACUGCAUCAGCGAGCGUCUGUACAUGCAGAUGGCAGACAUGAUGGUGAAGGAUGGCUGGAAAGAGGCCGGUUACGAGUACGUUUGCAUCGACGACUGUUGGCCGUCCUACCAGCGUGACGCUCGAGGCCGCCUGCAGGCGGACCCCAAAAGAUUCCCGGGAGGCAUCAAAAAGUUAGCCGACUAUGUCCACUCUAAAGGCCUGAAGUUGGGUAUUUAUGCAGAUGUGGGAGAGAAAACCUGCGCUGGAUACCCUGGCAGUCUGGGUUAUUAUGAGACUGAUGCUCAGACGUUUGCAGACUGGGACGUGGACCUGCUUAAAUUCGAUGGCUGUAACUUGAAGUGGACUUUGCUCGGAGACGGCUACAUAAAGAUGUCAGAAGCUUUGAACAAAACUGGAAAAAGUAUCCUGUACUCCUGUGAGUGGCCUUUGUAUGAAUGGCCUUUCCAAAAGCCAAACUACACCGCUAUCCGUGAGACCUGCAACCACUGGCGCAACUUCGACGACGUGUUUGACUCAUGGAAUUCGAUCAAAUCUAUCCUGGACUGGACUGCUUCUCAUCAGGACAUCAUUGUCCCCUCAGCUGGGCCCGGGGGCUGGAAUGACCCCGAUAUGCUUGUAAUUGGGAACUUUGGCCUGAGUCAUGACCAGCAGGAGUCUCAGAUGGCGUUAUGGGCCAUCAUGGCCGCCCCUCUGCUCAUGUCUAAUGAUCUGCGGGACAUCUGUCCUCGAUCCAAGGAGCUGCUGCAGAACAAACGAAUCAUAGAAAUCAGCCAGGACUCGCUGGGCAGGCAGGGACACCGCUCUGCCAAGGGGAAUAAUUUUGAAGUGUGGGAGAGACCUCUAUCUAAAAACCGCCUGGCUGUCGCCGUGCUCAACCUGCAGGAGAUCGGUGGUCCACGGGGAUUCGCCAUCAGCGGCGUCCCUAGCUGGAAGGUCUGUGACCCCCUGUGCAAUGUCACUCUGAUCCUCCCCCAAUACAAAGAGAUGGGAGUUCAGACUAAAGAGAGCAAACUCAUCUUAAAAGUAAACCCUUCAGGAACGGCUCUGCUGACCGUCACACCAAUCAAAGACUUUGGCAGGCUUCACUGGAAGAACACCAACUAAAGAACGUCAAAUUGUUACUCUAAAUCUCAGGUUCACUCAUUAAGUUUCUAAAAAUAUUUUUUCUAGAUUUUUGCUCUACAGGUUUUAAAACAAUCUGGACAUUUCAGUACAUGACCAUUUGUGAUUCACUGCAUUGGUAAAGGGCUUUUCCAGCAUCCAGAUCAACUUAAAGCUCAGUUUCAUUGUUUUUAUACUUAACAGGUUAUUUGAAGCCAAUUUUUGUUUUUUAUUGUCUAGAGACCGACAAAGCUUUGCAAUGACCUUUACUUGUUAAAAAUCAUGGUGGAUCUUUCUGCAGAUUCUCUAUCAGCAACUUUUAAAACUAAAAGUAAUUAUGGGUAAACUUUUAAACUCAGUUUGUGAUUCAUAAUGUAAUUUUUUAAAAGGGGGAAAAAAAGCUAUUUAACAAAUUCUGUUUCAUAAAAUAGAAUAAAUGUGAUACUCAAA